AUGGAUGUGGACAAGGAUGUGGACAUGAAGGAGGACGAAGUGCUGGACGAGUUCGACGACAACGAGGACGAGAUGCCGGUGGACAACGCUGCGCUGUUUGGGCGGGCAGAGGCUGCGGCAGGUACAGGUGGAGAUGCUGGUGCUGGUGCUGGUGCAGAUGCAGAGCCCAGCGAGGGCAACGCGGGCAACGCGGAGGAGAAGGCGUAUAUAGACGAUGGCACUGGCAAGCUGUUCCAGCUGCCGGAGUUCACGAGGAAAGACAAGACUCUCGGGGAAGUGCUGGACAUGAUGAAGGAGAACCCGCCGAUCAUACCUGAUGCGGUGAUAGACUACUACCUGACGAAGAACGGGUUCGAGUGCGCAGACAUCAGGGUGAAGCGCCUGCUCGCGCUGGCGACGCAGAAGUUCGUCAGCGACAUAGCCAGCGACGCAUACGAGUACUCGCGGAUACGGUCGAACGUCGCGGUGCAGAACGCCAACAACGGGCAAACCAAGGCCAGACAGCUGAUGAACGGCCAGCAGAGCCAGCUCACGCAGCAGCAGCAGCAGCAGAUGGAGAAGAACAGCGCCUCCAAAGUGGUGCUCACGGUGAAUGACCUCAGCAGCGCAGUGGCAGAGUACGGCCUCAACAUCGGACGGCCCGACUUCUACAGGUAG